GCCUACUUUAGUUGUUGCGCUGCCAGACGGUUGGUGUGUAUGACAACUUCUACUUGGAAAACUUCUCUUUCUAAUGAUUGUCUUAAUUUUGUUCGAAAUAGUUUGGUACACACUUAAUCCAAACUUCCGUACUUUAAAUCGUUUUUUGUUUGCAUUUAUCUUACGUGAAGAAGACGAAUUGUGACGAGAUUUUUAGUGAUAAUGUUAUCUAUACUGGGUCCCGAAUGUAGACUAUCCUGGUUUUACUUCACGCUUCAUCUGCUGGUAAUUAUGCAUUUGUUAGUACUGAAAAACAUAUUUCCAUUUCACAUUCUUUUGAUAGUCGCUAUGUUAUCUCGCCGCCGAAGAACACCUCAGUUUGCCACUUAGCAGACUAAUUGUGACCAAUGCUAUAUUCAAUUCUGUGAAGAAAACAAAUUAUGGCAUUCUCUAUAGACAAAAAUCAUUUAAAUCAGUCAACACUAAAUGACAGACGUCAGGAAAUAUCCCAUAGGGUUGGUUCGCUUGUGGAAUUAUUUGACUUCUUCCUAUUGAAUGGUGGAAACGCCAUUGAUACAAUGACGGUUAACGCCUUUUUGUACACUUACCGUUUAUUUGCUGAUAUAGAAGUGGUUUUGGAAGUAGUAGAUAAAAAGUUUUGGAAUAUGUGUCAUUCAGGCUCUUUAUCUACUUCUUGGAAAGUUGGGAUCAUUUCGUCUUUUCAGUUUCUUCUUAACGCAUGGUUGCAACAACCUCAUUUGAAAGAUUUUGAUUCUCCACAGAAAGUUAUAUAUCUUAAACGGUUAAUACGAAUUAUUGCUGAUUGGUUUGACAUUUUUCAAACUUCUUCCUCCUCUCAAAGUAGUCAUGUAUAUGCGUUGAAAGAUUUUAUGAAAUGCUGUGGAAAUAAUAAUGUACCUCCUUCGAAAAAUAAAGGUGUGACACGGAUUAUGCUGUGCAAUAUUGAUUCAGAAAUUUGGGAUCGACUUACAACAGAUAUGGAGGUGUUAUGCAGACGAGCUGUAAACUGUUUAAAACACAUUGCAUGUAAAUAUCAAAUUGAUUUAAAUCCUGAAAAAGAAUUUCUACCAUCACACACUGUCACUGUGAAUCGAGAUUAUCGUUAUCAUUCACCGCAUAAUCGUUCAAUGUUCAAAUCAAAAAAUCUAUCAAAAGAGACUGUUAUUAUACCACCAACUGUUAAUCCUUUGAUUAAUUUAUGGAAUUUAAAUGUGAAUACAGUAGCUGAACAAUUAACAGUAGCUGAUCAGCGAUUAUUUCUGAGUAUAGAAUUAAAUGAUUGUCUAAUAUAUGCUAGGGGGAAACCAGCUCCAUCUGUACAAGCUACAAUAGAUCAAUAUAAUAAAUUAUAUCAAUUCGUUCAAAGUUCAGUGUUUAAUUCAGAUCAAGAUUAUCCAAUACUAGUGGAACCAACACCGAUACAUUCAAGACGUUUUCGUAGACCAGAUCUGUAUAAUAGUUCUGCUACCAGGAUCAGUCCACAGAUAAUAACUAUAUGGUCUAAAAACUCAAAUUAUUCAACAAACUAUCAGUCUUCAACAUCAGAUAUUGGUAAAUUAAAAACUGGAUGCAUCAUUACAUGGAUUAAUAUUGCCUAUCGAUUAGGACAAACAAGAAAUUAUUCAGCAUUGAAGGCUAUUAUUAUGGCUUUACAGUCUACUCCAAUACACAGAUUAUGGCACAGUUGGAAUGUUUUAGAGUACCAUUAUCAUGAACACUUUCUGAAAUUUAAACAUUUGGCUUCGAUAGUGAGUUUUGACAACAAUCAGGAACAGUUAAGGAAACGAUUAAAUAAAUGUGCAAAGAAAAUGUACUGGUACUUAAAACUCAAUAAUCCAAAUCCUUUAUGUGGGGAUGAAAAUAAACCUGGUGAUAUGCCACAAUAUGAAACUUCCGGAGAAAACAACAACAGAAAUAUUACUGAACCCUUAACAAUGUCACAUAAUUCUUCUUAUUUGACUGGAGUAAUACCUUAUCUGGGUGUAUUUCUCAGUGAUUUAACUUUACUGCAUCAUUCAUCACCGGAUUAUGUGAGCAGAUCUAAAUACCAAUCGAAUCAUCAAAAUAAUACUGGCAAUCGUAUCAAUAGUAAUAAUACAUCACCAGUUCUCAAUUCAUCAAAUAAAAAUACUAAUACUAAUAACACUAAUCCUUCUAUUCAAAUAGACAAAAAUCGUGACAGUGGAACUGAUCGAUUGGUAUAUGUAUCGAAUCCACUUUCUAAUUAUGCACGAAGUACACCGAAUUUGUUAUCACCUCAGUCAUAUGACCGUAUAAAUUGUAAUAAUAACAUGAAACAAUCUACAAAAUUAGUGAAAAUUAUAUCACCUACACCAAUAAUUUCCGAUAGUCGUAACAGUAAUUCUCGGACGGUUGAAGAUGUUAAAAAGACAAAGUCCAGUCGUUCAAGACGUCAUUCUACUACUGAUAAUAAUAAUGACGAGAAACUGAUCAAUCUUGAUAAACACAGACGAGAGUUUAAAAUAUUGGCAAAUCUUUUCCUUCUACAACAAAAUGCUCAAUUAUAUUCACUUAGACCUGAACCAGACUUUGAGUUAUGGUUUCAGUCAUAUCCAUUGAUAACUGAAAGUGAAGCCCUUCUUCGUUCUUGUGAUAUGGAACCAGAUGAUGAACAACUACAACAAGUGAACAGACCCUUCAGUGCAUCUCCGUACUCGUUCGGUGAAGGUGGCGUAAACAAUGCAGUAAAUAAUACAAUGAAUCAUCGUAAACCACAGUAUUCACGUAACGAUAGAACAGAAAGAGCAAAGUAUGCAACAAGUCAACCACCGAGUGCUACACCUGAUAUCACCGUCAUUACUGCCAAUUCAGUCAGUCCUAGCAUCAGUGCUGGCAGUAAUCCAGCUGGUAGAAGUAAUAAAUUAUACGUCAGUAGUUCACAGUCAAUGAAUGAUUUGCUUAAUGGAAAUAAAUAUGAAAGAUUAUUACCUACUUCAGAAUCAUUCACAGGAAAUAAUCUAAAAAGUGUACAUAAUCAAAGUGAACAGAAACUACAAACAAAGGUAUCAGCGAAUAAAUUAAUGCCGCGUUCAAGUCCAUCAGCUAAAGGCAGUUCUCCGAUUUACCUAGAUGGUAUCAGUAGCAAUAACUUGCUUAUUACUGUUACUUUUCAUGAAACAAAUCCUCAAUACGAUGGUCGUGUAUCGCCAUUUCUUGCCAAAGUUGCAUAUUUAGGCGGACGGUCUCAUGGUUCCAGUCAUAGUGAUAAUCAUUAUUUACAAUCAAGACAAGCGCCAACUUCAGUAGACCUGACAGUUUCUCCUACGGAUACAGUUUCUGACGUAUUAUUCAGAGCCCUAAGAUCAUUUGGUCGUACUGAUCAAAGUGUUGACAAUUAUGAUCUCAUUCAAAUUCGUAAAGAUGAACGACAUGUAAUCCUUCAAAAGAGUGCCAACUUUUAUGAAUCCAUACACUAUCCUUCAUUGUAUGCAUCAAAUAAUAAGUACCAUAAUCCACUGGAAUUCAUCAUUUGUACAUCACUUCAUCAUCAACAUAAUAAUAAUAUGAGUAAUAAUAAUCAUAAUAACAAUAAUAAUCCAAAUCAACAUAAAAAGAAUCAACCAAAUUCUGUAUCACCCGAAUGUGCUAGACACUAUCAACUGACCAAUAAAAGUUCAAAUAAAAGAUGUGUAGUUGAAUUAUGGUCGUAACCUAACGCUUGUUGCUCUCAUUCAUUAUCAGAUGACGAGUAAGUCAGCAAUUAAAUAAGCCAACAAAUAAACCAACAUAUCUCAGUUGACUUUAUCUAUUUUUUUUAAUUUUACCUCUGGAAGAAAACUAACUAACUGUGUGAUCAGUAAAUUAAAUUUAUCAAAAAUUGAAUUUUUAUUUAUUUAUUUUUCUCUUCUGAAUAUUUUGUAACCAUUUGUCUUUCAGAAUUAUGCAUUUCAUUCAUCUUUACCUCUUCUGAAUAUUAUCUCAGCUCAUCAUAAUGUUCUACAGUUUUAUAAUGUAUUUCAAUGACAAUUACUGUGUGUUUGUAUGUGUGAGUGAGUGAAUGAGUGCAUGAGUAUCAGUGAUCAGUUUCCUAAUAUCACUUUUUUUUCUUAUACAGCAUGAAGAUGAAGUAUGUUGUAAUGAAGAGUAAGGAAUGCGAGAUAGCGCCAUUAUUAUUAUUAUCAUCAUUAUUUUGUUUAUACUAUUUUCUAUUUAAAGAUUCAAUAUUCAAGGAAAUCGUCCUUUCAGUGGUUAUUUGCGUUGUUUUCUAAUUCAUUGUUGCUUUUCUUUCAUCAUAUUCACAAUUUCUAUUUUGUAUAAUUGUUGUCCUUUACUUACCAAUUGAACCACCCACACUUGUACAUGACUGUGAUUUCUCUUAUCGUCUAUUCAUAGUUUGUGAUUUCUGUUUAUAAAUAUAUAUGAACUACCUUUUUUUAAUGUUAAUUCAUACAACAUUAAUAUAAAGAUUUCUG